GAGGGAGUCUCCAUACGCUCAGAGCAACUCAAACACCUGUUGAUCUUCCAGAAAUAAGCUAAUAAACACUGGACUCAUGGGGGAUCUGAGGCAGAAGAUGGGGGUCUUGUCACAGACCAUAUGCCCGAGUUCACGGGCUCCGUCUGAUGAGGACUUAAAGGCCCCAAACAACGGGAAAGGAGAGAAAAUGCAGAUGAAGCGAGAAAUCUCCCUCAUCAAUGGAAUCUGCCUCAUCGUUGGCAACAUGAUUGGCUCUGGGAUCUUUGUCUCGCCGAAGGGUGUCCUCAUGUACAGUGGCUCUUACGGGCUGUCCUUGCUGAUUUGGGCUGUUGGAGGAAUCUUCUCAGUGUUCGGGGCUUUGUGCUACGCAGAGCUCGGCACCACCAUCACCAAGUCUGGGGCCAGCUACGCCUACAUCCUGGAGUCGUUUGGCGGCUUCCUGGCUUUCAUCCGUCUGUGGACGUCCAUCCUGCUGAUCGAGCCGGCCAGCCAGGCUGUGAUUUCACUGACCUUCGCCAACUAUCUGGUGGAGACUUUCUACCCCACCUGCCAGGCGCCUUAUGAUUCUGUCCGGCUCAUUGCCGCUGCCUGCCUCUGUAUGCUCAUCUUCAUCAACUGUGCCUAUGUGAAGUGGGGGACUCUGGUUCAGGACGUUUUCACUUACGCCAAACUCAUGGCACUCAUCCUCAUCAUCAUUGUAGGAAUCCUGAAACUGUCCUCUGGAGAAACGAAGAGCUUCGAGAGCUCGUUCGAGGGCUCCUCCACGGAUCCCGGCGCCAUAGCUUUGGCCCUCUAUUCAGCUCUGUUCUCCUACUCCGGCUGGGAUACACUCAACUUCGUCACUGAGGAGAUUCAGAAUCCAGAGAGGAAUCUGCCUCUGGCCAUUGCCAUUUCCAUGCCCAUAGUGACUAUCAUCUAUCUGCUGACCAACGUGGCAUACUAUGUGGUCCUGGACAUGCCGUCUCUGCUGGCCAGCGAUGCCGUCGCUGUGACAUUUGGGAAUGCAGUCCUGGGGCCGUUCAAAUGGAUCAUCCCUGUUUCAGUGGCCAUGUCCUGCUACGGAGGACUCAAUGCUUCCAUCAUUGCUGCCUCGCGGCUGUUUUUUGUCGGGGCCAGAGAGGGCCACCUCCCUAACAGUCUGAGUCUGAUUCACCUGGAGCGCUACACACCCAUACCUGCUCUGCUGUUCAAUGGGUUAAUGGGUCUGAUCUUCCUGUGCGUGGAGGACGUGUUCCAGCUCAUCAACUAUUUCAGCUUCAGUUACUGGCUCUAUGUGGGUCUGUCUGUGGCCGGCCUCAUCUACCUGCGCUUCACCCAGCCAGACAGACACAGGCCUGUGAAGUUGACCUUGUUCUUCCCCUUCAUCUACUGUUUGUGCAGCCUGUUCUUAGUCAUCGUCCCUCUCUACGGAGACACCAUCAACUCUCUCAUAGGAAUUGGCAUCGCACUGUCUGGGGUGCCGGUCUAUUAUGUGGCCAUCUACCUGCCUGAGGAGAGGAGGCCUAAGUUCAUAUGCAAGUUAAAUGCCUUUGCCACCAGAUUCACCCAGAUGCUGCUCUACUGCUGCCUGACCGAGUUUGACACAGAGACAGAAGCACCAGCCGGCAGUAAGACGCAGUGAACUGCACCCCAACGCUCAUUUGCCGGCUUUCAGCUGAAUCCACGUUAACGUUCACGCUCCCCGAACGCAGAAAAACAAGGCCUUGCAUGGACAGCGCAGCAAGGUGCAGGCUCACAACAUUUGUGAGGACGUUUACUUCUGUCAGGUCAAGUUAAAAAAAGGCCUGACAUCUCAAAUGACUCAACACGAAGGAGCAGGCCACUUGAGAAACUGCAAACUGUUGCUUCCUUCUGAAAAUCUACUUUUCUACAGAGAUCAAGGACUGUCUUCUGUGAGGAUCUUUUUUGUCUGACAUUGUUUAAAAGAAUGCAUCAAACAAUAAUUCAAUCAUGUGAUCGUCCUCAAUUUGCAGAAAUUUUUCUAAUGCUCUUAUUUGUCCAGUGGUGUUUUUGCAGUUGAUUACAUGUGACUAUGUGAAUAACUGUGCAAAUGUAAAACACCAUAAAAUUGUCACUUUUAACCAAUAUUCUAGGACUGGUUCCUGAGCAGCUUCACUGUGAAGCAGUUAAAGUUUAGUAUCUUGUUUUUGUUUCAUGACUGUAAAUGGUUGAUGUCAGUACGUUCACAUAUUAUCUUUCAUGAAUAUAACUUCCCAAUCACCUGAAGUGUAUUUCACCGCUGUCGCUGUUAGACGAGACUUGAGUUUAAUGAAGGUCUCACCACACCCCGCAGACUGCAACAUGUGACUGAUCUGAGAGGUCCGUGGUUGGUCUGCAGGCACUGAGUCAUGCUACGUGUGAACCAACUAGUUAUUUCACUGCAGGUUUUUAGAGGCAAAACACUUCCUGAAACUGGAUUAUAACUCAGUCACAAGCUCACUCAUUCGCCCUGAGCAGGCUGUGGCUUCUCCACCAGGGGGCGCUGUUUCAUCAUUGUCAGGUCUACAAGUGCCAACCUGUGCCAGCCUGCUGUCAAACUAUAAUGUACCAGUAUGUUACUUUUCAUAGGAUGUAGCUUGUACUGUGUGGGAUUUUUAUGUUCCAUAUUUAUUGGAAAGCAGCCAGAUGAUAUUUAACGGUCAGAACCCCAACAAGCCUUUGCUCCAGUCACAUUUUUACUCACUUUGUUUCCUGCACAUUUGUGUGAACAGUACAAUCGUGGCUAAAAGUGUCUUUUGUGCAGUAUAAGACAGUUGUAAUGCCAUAUAUCAUAAAAACAAAGUUAUUGCAAGUCCUUUGUAUUUUAUUUAUACAUCCAACAUUCUUUUAAAGUAAAGGUAAAA